CUUAAAUCUUUGACAGUCACAGGUGGAGCUGGAGUCACAGUCACUCUCGGCUGACACUGGGAUGCAGAGACAACAGUGGCAAUCACUGAAGCUUGCAUUCACACCUAUGGCGGUCUGAGUGCGUCGGACGUCCUCAUCCCUAACCAAGGACAAUCCGAAUCAAACCAAAGCCUCCAAAAACAAAGAGGAUUCAGGAGGAGCUGGAUUGAGAACAGGCAGUACAGCAGAACAACGGCCAACCAAAAGAUGUAAACUCCAUCUUCUCAAGUGACAUCUGCCUCUGCCAUUUCUGUCUUUGCCAGACCCUCUUGAAAGGGUGGCUGCAAUCUGGUCCUCCUGGUCCUCCUCCAAAGCCAAGUAUUACUCAUGCUGCGGGAGCCUAUAUCUGUUUACACAGUCACAUCAUGGGGGCUCGUUUUCCUUAUGGGGACGAAAAAGGAAGUACCCACAACGGCACCACAGUAUCCAGCUGAUGUCAGUUGGAUCAAUGUAAGGAGCCUCUUGGAUGGACUGAUGUUCUUGCUCUGUCCCCUCCUCUGUCAGCCACCAUGGAGGAGCUCCAAAUGAAACUGAAUCAGCGGUAUGAAAACACCAAGCCCAGAAAGGUAAGGUUCAAGCUCUCGUCGUCCUACAGUGGCCGGGUGCUGAAGCAUGUGUACGAGGAUGGUCAGGAGCUGGACAGUCCGGAGGAGAAAUACCCUCACAGCUUUGUCCACCGCAAGAUCCCCCCCAGCCACCUGGAGAUGGAGCAGCUUUGUGGGUUUGAGGACGCUCACGGGGACCAACAAGGUCAGUAUCCUCCAACGGGGCUCAUUGCCCAAAGAAUAAAUGUAUACAGAGGAAUGGGAAACUACAAGCCAACUGCUGAUCUGACAGAGGGAGCAGAGGGAGACGCCAGCUCCCAAGUGUUGGAUUUUGGCAAGAUAAUCAUCUACACCAGCAACCUGCGCAUCAUCAGGGCACCACCAAAGAAUCCUGAGGUGUCGCGACACCACGCGGCGCCGCAUGUGGACUUGGAAGCAAAACCAAAGGCCAAGGAGAGGGUGAGCAGGAGGAGAGCGAAAGCUCUGAGUAUACAGGACGGGGAGGACAAAGAGGCGCACAGCAGCAACAUUAAGACCACGGAGGCAGACAGCUGCCAGCAUUGUGGUGGUUCGGGCUGCGCUCCCUGCUCUCUGUGUCACGGCAGCAAGCUGUCUAUGCUCGCGAACCGCUUCAACGAGUCCAUCAGUGAUCUGCGCUGCCAAGCUUGCUAUCCCCAUGGCCUGGAGAAAUGCCAGUCGUGCUCCAGCAAAUAGCACCAUUUGGCUGACACGCACGUCUGUCUGUCUGGCUGAGGGAGUGCGUGCGUGAGUGAGUGAGUGAGUGAAUGAGUGAGUGAGUGGUCAGACUAUACUCAGUGGCAAUAAUGCUCUAAUCCAAAAUGUUCUUGGUUGGGUGUUUUAAUCGCGACGAGGAAACAUAAGCCAUCACUGGAAAAGGGGAAUUAUGACAGACACAGAAUCAUAAAUUACAAUUACUGCGUGCAGUGGAAACGGCUUGCGAUAAAAAAAAAGAACUCAUAAUCGCUCCUUUGUUGUCACAUUAUUUAGCAUCUGCACUCAGCCUCCUGAUAACACCUUCAGUACACGCUUCCACAACACAGUUAUCCUUCCGAUUGCUGUCAUGUCCCUCCGCUGCAUGACAGCUAUUGGCAUUAUUUUUCUUUCCCUGAAAGCACGGGGAGAAAUACAGGAGAAUAAAGACUGUAAUAUGGAAACGUAAAUACACACAGAUUGAGAGACGAGAGUGGGACAUAAUUGGAAACAUAAUAAAUAUAAUAAAAGUGCCUCGCUGCUGAUUAUGGUGUGUCACAGAAAGGGAGAAAGUCACAAACGUUAGAAAAGCACACACUGCACGCCAGCAUUGCAAAGGUGUGACGUUCAAAGAAUACUGGUUUUUCGUUGGAGUAACACUUUGUCGAGAUAGUGUUUCAGACGAAACGAGAGGUGACAAGAAAAUCAUGGAACAGUUAAAUAAACGACAGGAAAUCUUUAAGGCUGUUAAACUGUGUGCGUUACUGUGACGUUUUAUUUUCGUUAGCGGUUUUUAUUGUUCUCAGGUGUUUUGAUUUU